CCCCCCCCCGCCCCGCCCCCGCCCCGCCCCCUAUGAGAUGAGCAAAGCCCCAGCCGCUGCCCAUGAGCUUGCCAUCCAGGUGAAGCUGUGGGGCUGGAGCUGCCAGGAUGGGGGCAGCGGGCCUCUCCCUGCCCGCCAGCACCUGGAGCUGCGGGCCUUCCUCCGCCUCCUGGAGCACAGCUUCCUUCAGGAGUUCCUCGCCAGAGACCCCUGUUUCCAGAUUUCGGACAAGUACCUGCUGGCCAUGGUGCUGGUCUACUUCCGGCGCGCCAACCUGGAGCUCAGCGAGUACACCUGCAGCAACCUGUUCUUGGCACUGUACCUUGCGAACGACAUGGAGGAGGACCUGGAGGAGGCCAAGUGCAUGAUUUUCCCCUGGGCCCUGGGCGAGGGCUGGCACGACCAGGUGGCAGACUUCCUGCGCCAGAGGGACAAGCUGUGGGCCAGGAUGGGCUUCCGGGCCUUAGUGAGCCGCCGGCACUGUGAGAGGGUCAUGGCCACAGAGCCGUCCCACUGGGCCUGGGCCCGGGCGCGGGGCGCCCACCACGGCCGGGCUCACCGGAGCUACUCCCGGGCGGGGAUCACCCUCCCCCGCGCCCCCGGCUUCUCCCCGCCCAGCUGCUCCCUCUGCGGCUCGCCCUCCCUCCACCGCCACUACUGCCGCCCGCCCGGCCCCUCGCCCGUCUUCCCCCAGAGCCCUUCCCCCAGCCCCGAGGAGUGCGGCUCCCCCCCCCAGGCCUGUCUCUCAGGGGCUGAAGACCCCUGGGCCGGAGGCUUCCUCGUGGUCCUGCCCUCCCAGCUGCUCCUGGAGCCGGGCACCUACUCCUUCCACAUCCUCCUGGAGCCGCUGCCAGUGCCCUAGGCGCCGACGGACAGAUGGACGGGCGGACACGCUCGCAGGGUGGAGAGCAGCUGGCCUGCCUGCCCUGUGGCCCCGGUGCCCCUGUCUCGUUGACCUCAGGCUGGCAGUGCUGCCCAAGCCCCCUGCCCCUCCUCCCGACCUGCAACUUGCACCCCCUCUGACUCUGCCCCCUCUAAUAAACUCAUGCCCACUAUG